CCUUUUACAAUAAUUUUUAAUUGACAUGGCUGGAAAAUGUGAUGUCUUUUAAUGAUCUAGUCUACAACUGAAGGAAAAAAUCAAGUUUUUAUUCACAGGGCGGGCAUAAGAGAUGUCUGAUGAGGGAGCAUAUGAGAACAUUUUAGCAACUCCCUCCUCCUGAAAUUGAUGUUUGAUAUGAAGGCCGAAAGAACAAAGGACGACUCCAUGAGAACACGCUUGGUUACUGUCAACACUGGAUGGAGUUGAGGAAGGUCAGCGGAUGUUGGAGCAGGGUUGGAUGAGAGUCUGUGGGCUCCAAGUGGAAGAUUUCCUCUGAGCAACUGGGAGGCUAAAAAUAGUUGACCGAGCACCAUGGCUCUGUCUGGGGACAACUGCCCGAGUUCUGAGUGGAGCGUCAUGUGUCGCCCAUGUUGUGAGUACCACCUGAUCCAGUGCCGGUGUCCCUCGAGAGGGUCGAGCGUAGGUUACACUGUACCCUGCUGCCGCAAUGCUCUGGAUCAGUGUGACCCUUGUAUCAUUCACCCAGGCUGCAGUCUGUUUGAGAACUGUAAAACCUGCCACAACGGAACAUGGCGAGCCAAUGAUGACUUCUUCGUCAAUGGAAAGUAUUGUACAGAGUGCCGUCAGGGCUGGAGUGGAGGGGACUGUAAAACAUGUGGAGGCAUCAUCCAGCGGGCUCAGGGUCACAUAGCCCUGGAGAGUUACCCAACAAACGCCAAAUGUGAAUGGACAGUGCAGGUGCAGAGGGACAGUAGCAUCGAGCUCAGGUUUUCACUGCUCAGCUUGGAGCCUGACCACAACUGUCGUUAUGACUACGUCGAGGUGCGUGACGGCGACGAUCUGAGCUCCCCUGUGAUUGGCCGGUUUUGUGGGGAUCAGCUGCCACCUCCAGUAACAAGCUCUGGGAAUCGCUUGCACAUUCUUUUCACCUCAGACGGCUACAACAACUUUGAUGGAUUUGUUCUUACUUUUCAGGAGAGUUCAGUUUCGGCCAUUAGGAAACCAGCGUGUCCGCCUCCUGGGAGACUGGAGAAUGGAUAUCUGCUGCCUAUAUAUGGCCUCAGGGAGGCACUUGUAUCUGUAAACUACCAGUGCCGUCCACCGUUCAUACUUACCGGCUCCCAGCAGAGGACCUGUCUACCUAAUGGCACGUGGAGUGGCGCAGUUCCUAUAUGUGUAGAAGGCCAAACAAGCAGAGUCCAGUGUGCCCCUCUAUCCAAAUUGCUCAAUGGCUACCACAGACCUGCCCUUAACACAGCAGCGGCUGCAGAGACGAUUGAGUUUUUCUGUAAAAACUCCUACAUUUUGAGUGGAAAGCACCAGAGUACCUGCCUCUCUAAUGGAUCCUGGAGUAGCAGGCCACCAACGUGUGUGAGAGCCUGUCGAGAACCCAAAGUGUCUGAACUCGUGCAACAGAGUGUUGUGAAGCCACAUCUAUUAUCAAGGGAGAGUCCAAACCAGGGGCUCCAGCUCUUAUCCAGGUACGGCAAGCACGAUUUCUUGUCAGCCGGCUUUAUUCCACUUACAUUCGACGGACAGUCCAAUGUGGAAAGAGACGACUCCCCUUUGGAGGAGCUUCCUCGUGGCUUUCACUCCGUCUACACGAGCAUCGAGUACAAGUGUGCCUCGCCUCUCUACCGCCACACAGGAAGCCCCCGGCGCACCUGUCUAAAGACUGGCAGGUGGAGUGGGCGUCACGUUUCCUGCUCGCCAGCUUGUGGCAAAUUUGACACUUUCAGUCUUCGCAACCUCUCAGACACUCAGUGGCCAUGGCAUGCGGCCAUCUAUAUCCGCUCACCUCCUGAGCACACUGCCAGCACCCGAAGGUCACGUGGGAGGACCACGUCCGACCAGCAGGAGGCCUCAGAGGAGUCUACAUUCUGGUACCUGGCCUGCAGCGGGGCCCUGCUCACCCAGCGUAGCCUCCUGGUGGCCGCUCAGUGUGUGGUGGACAAGGACAAGCAGCAGCCCCUUCACCCGGCGCAUGUGAAGGUCGUCAUAGGCAAGAAGCACCAGACAUCCAGGGAUCGGUUGAAAAGCCAGCACCACCUCAGGGUUUCGGAUAUUUUAGUCCAUCCAAACUUUUACUCUGCACCGGACUCCAACGUGGCCGUGCUCAAGCUAAAAGACAAGGCCAAGAUCAGCGAGCGUGUGUUGCCAGUGUGUCUACCCAAAAUGCAAGGAGGAGAGGUGACAGCGCAGGAGGCUUACACUGCAAGGUGGAUUUUACCAAACAAUCAAAGGCACCUGAGCCGCUACACCGCCUCGAGCCAGACGAAACUUGUCGAGCUGAGGGAUGUAUCUCAGUGCGAAAGAGAAUUUGCUCAAGGAGGAACACGCGCCUCGGUGAUCAGCGACAAUACACUGUGUAUCAUUAGGAAACCGUCCAGUCCUGAAAGCCCGUGUCCCAGGGUUAUUCCAGGCCUCACGACCGUACCAGCUGUGCUUUCAUCCACAAGUGCUGUCAUGUCGGGUCACAAGGAGACUCAGGGGGCCUCCAGCACAGGCUGGCAGCUGCUUGGUUUAGAGAGCUUCGACUAUGGGGAAAAUAACUGCCACCAACAGACUUACACAGUCCAGACACGAAUAGGCAGCUUUCGAGAUUGGAUAGAGGAAAACAUGAAUUAGAUUUUUUUUUUUUUUUCUCAAUAUUUUAUGUAAAGCUAAUUUUGAGCAAGUUAAAUCUGAAAUAAAGUAGAAGUCAUUUAUUUUUCCAGUUUUGUAAGUCUCAGAGUUGGUGGAAACGGUGGCGAUGGAGCAGACGGGAGAGGAGAACACGGUUUUUAACCUCCUGUCUGUGUCAGCAUCAUGUGAGGUGAGCCUGCGUUACCACUCUUCCUUCCAGUCACUCCGCUCGUCUCUCUCAUGUGCGCAUGUUAUCACCUCCGCUUGAAACAAGCCAGUGUGAGCCGAUUAAGAAUCACACCCACUUUCUCAUGAUAUCUUACCUUAUGUUUCUGUGGUAUAUUGUUCACAAUAACAUUUCGUAGAUGAAGAUUUAAAAAAAAUAAUAAAAUAAAGAAAUCUUCCAGAUGCCAUUUUGACUCUUUGAUUAUUAGUAUCUCAUUACAGCUCUCCACCCAGAUAGAACAUUAGAAUCUCAAGUUGAUGCUAUUUUGACCGGAAAGACUAAAAUCUCUAGGUUUUUUUUAUUAUUAUUACUUUUGCUUUAUUCUGUUAGGUCCUGUUUUUGCUGAUUUCUUUGCCAAGUUUUUGGUCCUUGUCACUGUA